GUAACGGGUUAGCAGAGAGCUUGAGGUCUAUGUGCAUAAAUGUCUAAGAUGAAGGUUACGGUCGAAAAGAUACUAUCGUUAUCCGAAGGAGAUGGAAUAGAUGAGCUUCAAAAGCAUCUCACCUUGCUGUCCGAUGAUCAGCUCACAACAAUGAUUACUAAUAGUGCACUGAAAGGAAAGGAUACAGGUGCCCUGAUCAAAUCCAUAUUUAAAGGGUCACCGGUGAGUGUCUCGAAUGGCGCAAACCGCAGGCUGCUUGUUUACAAGCACUGUAUUCCACUCUGUGAAUCUGGGGAUUUGCAGACUGAAGUGGCAUCAGAUAUCAUUGGACUUCUGAUGUUGGAGACGCACAGUCUGCCUGGUGCUGCAUUGGCCACAUUAGCGUCUCUAUAUGUGGAGGCCAUUAAGGUUGGUGAGAUGAACAGUGGCAGAUCACUGGAACUCUUCCCCACAAUCCUAACAGCUCUCGCUGCUACUGAAGCUUUGGCUUAUGGCAAAGGUGAGCUGAGUGGAGAUGAGUACAAGAAACAGCUGAUCAAUAGUCUUUGCUCCAGCAGAUGGGAUCCUCAGUGUGUAAUCCACCUCACCACCAUGUUCAGGGAUGUUCCGUUAUCUGCCGAGGAGCUUCAGUUUUUGAUUGAGAAGGUUCUGCGAAUGUUCCUGAAGUUGGAUCUACAGGAGAUUCCACCUCUGGUCUAUCAGCUUCUGCUGCUCUCUGCAAAGGGCUGUAAGAAUCUGGUUCUAGAAGGAAUUACCAGUUACUUCCAAAAGCAGGAUCAGCUUCAGAAAGAGGAGCAGAGAAACGGAGAGAGUGAGGAUGUGGAGAUACAGACCAUUCCACAGGAUCAGCUGCGGCAUGUAGAGGGAACCGUCAUCCUCCACAUCGUCUUUGCCAUUCGUCUCGACCAUGAGCUUGGCAGAGAGUGUUUUAAAAGCCUCAAGGCAUCUCAGGGGCAGCCCUUGUGUCCCUUCAGUAUUGCCCUAUUGCUCUCUGUGGCUCGCAUUCAACGAUACGAAGAGCAAGUAUUUGAGUUCUUGAAGGGUGCAAUCACCAAGAAUUUCAAGGACGAUCAGAUCCAACAAGGCUCCAAGUUUUUGCAGGAACUGCUGCCUCAGUGCAACAGCAUCUCUGACAUGAUUCUAGACACUGUUAAAAACAGUGUGUUUGGCUGGGACCACAUCACUCAGGGGCUGGUCCAACUGGGCUUUAUGCUUAUGGACUCCUUUGGGCCUAAAGCUGGACCAUUUGGAAAGCCUGAGGGAACAUCCAGCACUGCUAAAACGCCAAACCAACAGGCAUGUCGACUUGGUGGACAAGUUCUGCUAGAGAGCUUCAAGAUGCAUGAGCCAAUCAGAGGGGAGAUCCUAGAACAAGUCUUAAACCGAUUGGUGACUAAAACUGCCUCACCAGUCACCCAUUUCAUUGACCUUCUCUCCAGCAUUGUGAUGUCUACUCCAAUGAUCCUGUUGGAGUCUUCUUCCAAGGUGACAGAAACAUUUGACCAGCUCUCGUACUUGCCUCUCAGCACUGUACAGGGGCUUCUCAAGGCUGUGCAGCCACUGCUCAAAGUCAGCAUGUCCAUGAAAGAUGCCCUCAUCCUGGUUCUCCGGAAAGCCAUGUUCUCCAGUCAUUUAGAUGGACGGAAGGCAGCAGUGGCGGGCUUCCUCUUGCUACUCAAGAACUUUCGAGUUUUGGGGAGCUUAGCUUCCAGCCAGGCCAGUCAGGCCAUUACAUCCAGCCAGGUCCAAGCAGACAUCCACUCACGCUAUAAUGCCGCAGCUAAUGAAGCCUUCUGUCUGGAGAUCCUGAGCAGUCUACGGCGCUGCCUUAACCAACAGGCUGACGUGCGGCUCAUGCUCUAUGAGGGUUUCCAUGAAGUCCUUCGACGUAACUCUCAGCUGGCGAGUUCAAUCAUGCAGACUCUUCUGUCACAGCUGAAACGGUACUUUGAACCCGAGCAGGAUCUGCUUCCUCCACUGAAGCUGGAGUCCUGCAUCAGUGCACAUGGAGAUCAGGUCUUCCUCCAGGAGCCUCUGGCUCACCUGUUGUGCUGCACAGUUCACUGUCUGCUGUGGUACCAAAACAUACGGUCAGGAGGGAGUGUGAGCGAUGAUGAGGAUGAUGAAGACGAAGAGGGUGGAAUCCAGAGCGAACUGCAUGUGAUAAUGGAGAGCAUAACAAAACGAAUGAUUAAAAGUGAACUGGAGGAUUUUGAAUUGGAUAAGUGUGCAGAAUUCUCCACAAGUUCCAGCGUUGGUGUGAAGAACAGCAUCUAUGCUGUGUUGGUGUUGGGCGUGAAUGAGGUUCUGAUGGAGUACAACUUCAUCACUGCCAAUUACAGUAAGAACCGUUUUGAGGAAGUCCUGGAGCUGUUCAAGCGUUAUCAUAAAGUGUCUGAGAUCCUGAGGGAACGGGCAGGGAAGGGCCGCACCCCAUCAGGCAAAACCCCUCGCAGUCUGCUGUCUCUAGGCUUUGUCUCCACUCUACUCACUGCUCUCUUCAGAGACAGCACUCAGAGUCGUGAGGAGAGCCUGUCAGUGUUGCGUUCAAGUGGAGAGUUCUUGCGAUACUGUGUGAGUGUGGCCCUGCAGAAGAUUCAGCAGCUUGAGGAGACCGGAAACACAGAUGGGCCAGAGGGACAAAGCCCUGACAAAACCUUCAGCCACAUCUGUGACAUCACCAGUGUGCUCAUGUGGCGCUACACAAAUGUGCCGUCGACUGUUGAGGAUGCUGGGAAAAAGGAGAAGGGCCAGAGUGUGUCUCUGCUGUGUCUAGAGGGUCUACUGAGGGUUUUCACCCUCAUUGUGCAGCGAUACCCAACACGCAUGGACAACUUCCUGUCCUGUCUAGGAGAAGGAGAGGGCGAUAGGUCUGAUACUACGGAGCAGAGCGCUUUCUACAUCCGCCAGUUUCAGCGAGCACUAAUGACCCAGCUCAGUGGUGGAGAGGAGGAGUUCAACAGUAAAGAAGCUCAAUUAUUGGUCAGCAUUCUCAGUGUGCUCUCAAGGCAGCUCAACUCUUCCUCCACGCAGUUUGUGCAAAUGAUCACUUGGACCUUGAAAAUCUGUAAAGAAACAAAUUUCGAGGACAUUUCUUUCAGUAAGGGCUUACUGUCUUUGCUGUUCAGCCUACAUGUACUCUAUAAAAGUCCAGUGUCUCUGCUCUGGGAGAUGUGCCAGGACAUACACAGCCAGCUGGGAGAUAUCGACCAGGAUGUUGAAGUGGAGAAACAGUCUCACUUUGCUAUCGUCAGCAUGAAGACAGCUGCUUCCACUACUAUUUUAGUCUUGUCUCAGGUUGGAAAGGUGCUGGAUGAAGUUGACUGGCUGAUUGCCAAAAAGAAAGGACAGAUAAGCUCCGAUAGAACAACCUCAGGAAGUACCCAACAGCCACUUGGCCAGCAGGACCUGAUUGAGAAGGCCAUCACAAUUCAGUUGGGGACGUUGUUAACAGCUUUACAUGAACUGGUUCAGACCGCACUGCCCCCGGGACCCUGCUCAGACACACUGAUGAGGGAACUUAGUCGAACCUACAGCAUCCUCACUACACUCACCAAAUAUUAUAUUCAGCUGUGUGCAACUCAGCCAGGUCAACUCCCCGCACGACUGGAGAAACUGGUAAAGCUGUCUGGGUCUCACUUGACUCCUCAGUGUUACAGUUUCAUCACAUAUGUACAGAGUGGAGAGCUGAUGGCAGGAGGCCCAGAAAAGACGAAGAAGAAGAAAAAAGAUGAUGAGGCUGUCGCAGCUGCUUCAGCUAAAGUUCUUCGGGAGACUAAAGCCAUCCCCAACCUCAUUUUCAACAUUGAACAGUAUGAAAAGUUUCUCAUUCUUCUCUCCAAAAAGUCAAAGGUAAAUCUGAUGCAGUAUAUGAAGCUGAGCACUUCGAGAGACUUCAGAAUCAAUGCUGCCACUCUGGAUGCGGCACUGCAGGAACAGGAACAACAGCAGGAUGAAAGCCAACAGACUGAACAUUCUCAGCCUUCAGAGGAAAAUCAGGCACCCAAGAAGAAGAGGAGGAGGAAGCAAUGAGCUUCUGUACCUUCUUUUGCACUUUUUCACCUAGUUCGUUCUUCACCUGUAUGCAGAGCACUUCCUUUUUCUAAGUUCACACAAGGGGCGGUAGAGUGUUAUCCUUUGUUUUAUACCACAGAUAUUAUUUUACUUUGGCCAAAGAUCCUUUGGUGAUCUCUAGAAUCUCUUAAAUAUCCAAGUCUUCAAUUGUUGAUGUAAAAACAAGACAGAUUUUAUGUCCAAUAUAUUUGUUUUGGGAAAAACAUACGUAAUUAUAUGCCCAUUUCUUGUUUAACUAAUAUUUUGUGUCUUAUAUUUUACACAAGUUUGUGAAGAUAGUUUUAGUCCUAAAUAAGGAGUCUUGAUAUUCAAACCACCGCUGCUAUAUAAUUUUAAUAAACAUAAAUGUCUUAGAUUGGCAGUUACAGUAUUGUGUCACUCAGUUUAUGCUUAACCUCACUAGUGCUGGGGAUAUGUAAAAAAUAUUGUAUUGAUAAUCGCCUUAAUAAAUAUUGUGAUACACAAUUAUAUCGUCAACCCCCCUC